AUGCCGAAAAAAGUAGCAAAAGUUGAUAGCGUUGAUACAACCAAAGAAAUUUUAAAUCUUGAGUUAGAAGGAUAUUCACCAGGUAUUAGUGAUCGUGAUAGCAUUGCAAUCCUGUUGAAACAUCUUUUCCCUAACGACUGUGUUAUCAAUGUUGAGAACCUUGCCGAAUAUAUUGUGUCACAAGACUCAAUUGGUACUGUAGUUAAACCUACAUGUGAUGAUGAAAGCGAUGAUGAUGAUGACGAUGAUAACAUAGUGUUUGCAGUGACCAGCGUGGUAGAUUUAAGCCAUGAGUCAGCUAUGAAACACUCCGUAGUCAAAGAUCUUAGAAACUUCAUCCUUGAGGGAGUUAAAAGUUCGAAAAACGUUCCGACGAGAUGUAAGGUUGAGGAGCUUCUUGAGAGGGAUGUGGACUGCAAAUCAUUUCUUCUUAUUAAUGAACGGUUCGAAAACCUACCACUUUCUAUUUGUUCUGAAGCUAUUUCUUCCUUACCAUCUGAAUUUAAAUCCUCUGGUUUACUCCCUACUCAUCUCUUCAUAUUAUCAUGGGCAUAUUCAGAAGAAGUCAAAGACAGUGAUAAGAAAUACGAAUUUGCAUAUCCCGAAAUCGAAUUUGUUGUUCCCCAUGCUCUACAUGUAUUGGAAUUAGAUCAUAACAGUCUUACUCUUCAUAGUGCAAAAAAGAAACAAAGUAGUGACGGCGAUGAUGAUGAAGGAACAAACGACUUUAAUACUUUGUUAUUGAUAAUUAUCCCAAUGGACAGAUUCCAUGACAUGUUAACUUCCUUGGCUAGUCACGUGUAA